AUGUCAUUUGCUGUAAUUAGUAACUUGUUAUUAUUUUUGCUUCUCAGUCUCUUCUUGAUUCCCAAUGAGCGAGAGCUAGCUUCAAUAAUCUCACAGGUCCUCAAGGGUUUAUCUGGCCUUGCCGCGGCGGGUUUGGAACUUGAAUCCCUAACGUGCUCCAACGUUCUCAUUGGCCUUGACAGGGUCGUCAAGAUUGGUACACGCAACAUCCCAGGAACUGGCUUAGAGUCCUGCAUGGAGCUUACCCGAGGGCAGCCGCAGUCUCGAUCCAUUCGCGCGUUGGCCAAUAUCAUGAUGGAACUCAUGCAAAAGUAUGAUAAAGAUGGUGGGUUGGUCGGAGUUGACGACUUGGAACGUUGGCCCCUCAACUCUGACGCUGUUGAGUUUCUUGUUGCUGUUAGGGCUUCGUCUAGGUGCAGAAAGAAGAGAUCUCGAUUGCCAACUAGCCCUAAGCCCUACAUUGUAUCAGGCCAGUCCCUAACAGUUGCCAGUUCUUCAGCUGGUUCCAUCAAGUCAUUGGAACAGCAUCCCCUCAUCAUGAAACAGCGUCAGUCUCCUGGCGAGCUUGUCGGUUUGGCCCGGCUUGCCCUUAUUUCUACUCGCACAUUCUACUCUUACAAGGAGCAAUGUUAA